AUGACAUCGGAAACUUCAAAGGAAUACCUCACAGUCGAGAGCAUCGAUGAAGACUCGAAACAACGAGAACAUCACCUUAUUGGAUUGGACGAGACGACCGAGACUCUUCUGUCCACGGAUACUGAUGCGGUAAAGCCGAAGACUCCGAUACGGAAGACUUCUCUUGAGGUUAGUUUCUUUUGUUAUUUUUGUUGUUCUCUCUUUAGAUUGAUGUCCAGAAAAUCGGAAAAAUUUCCUGCAAGUGUUUUGCUUUUGGUGCUGUCAGCAAUUCAAAAGUUUACAGACGAGUGGCAUGUUCUUAAGACAAUUUUCCUGCUUUCAGAACAACAAAGCGACUCCAGCAAUUCAAAGACUCCACAAAACCCUAAAUCAAAUCAAUGUCCAUUCACCAAGUGAUAACAUCAUGUCUCCAUGUUCGCAGAAGCUCAAUUCUAAUCUGGCUUAUCGCAAAUCACAUGGCUCUCAGCCUUCUGCCAUCCUAAAACGUCGGUAUCAGAAUGAAGUGAAAGCUCGGACCUUGGAUUUCGGUGGCAAGAGUGACACUGAAGAAGGUGAAGAUAAGGAGAUUUCCGAAUCGUCAGAAGACCAGCAAGAGAAUGUUUCCCACAAUGAGGGUAACUCUGAGUAA